AUGAGCACCACUGUCAGGCAAUACUCCUCCUCCACCUCCCUCAAGGGAUUUGGUGGCCUGGGUGGAGGCUCCAGCAGGCUUUCCUCUGUGCGUGUUGGGGGAGGAGGGUACAGAGCCCCCAGCGUCCACGGAGGCUCUGGCAGCUACUCUGUCUCUUCCCGCAUUGUCUCGGGGCUCGGAAGUGGCUAUGGGGGCAGCUACUGCAGCAGCGUAGGAGGGGGCCUCGGGGGCCUCGGUGGCGGCUUUGGGGGUAGCUAUGGGGCUGGCUUUGGGGCCGGCUUUGGGGCUGGCUUUGGAGGUGGCUUUGGAGGUGGCUUUGGAGGUGGCGAUGGCAUCCUCCCGGCCGGCGAAAAGGAGACGAUGCAGAACCUCAACGACCGCCUGGCUGUCUACCUGGACAAAGUGCGUGCCCUGGAGGAGGCCAACACUGACCUGGAGGUCAAGAUCAGGGAAUGGUACAAGAAGCAGGGACCUGGUCCAGACCGUGACUACAGCCCCUACUACAGGACUAUCGAGGAGCUCAGGAACAAGGUCCUGGUGGCCACAGUUGACAAUGCUAACCUCCUCCUGCAGAUUGACAACGCCAGGCUGACAGCUGAUGACUUCAGGACCAAGUUUGAGACGGAGCAGGCUCUGCGCCCGGGCGUGGAGGCCGACAUCAACGGCCUGCGCAGAGUCCUGGAUGAGCUCACCCUGGCCAGAGCUGACCUGGAGAUGCAGAUUGAGAACCUGAAGGAGGAGCUGGCCUACCUCAAGAAGAACCACGAGGAGGAAAUGAAUGCCCUGCGCGGGCAGGUGGGUGGAGAGAUCAGCGUGGAGAUGGAUGCUGCUCCUGGAGUUGACCUCACCAAGAUCCUGGCUGAGAUGAGGGAGCAGUACGAGAGCCUGGCGGACAAGAACCGCAGGGACGCCGAGCAGUGGUUCUUCAGCAAGACGGAAGAGCUGAACCGGGAGGUGGCCAUCAACACGGAGCAGCUUCAGAGCGGCAAGACGGAGAUCACAGAGCUACGACGCACCAUCCAGAGCCUGGAGAUCGACCUGCAGUCCCAGCUCAGCACGAAAGCGGCGUUGGAGGGCACCUUGGCUGACACAGAAGCCCGUUACGGCACCCAGCUGGCCCAGCUCCAGGGGCUGAUCACCAGCGUGGAGGAGCAGCUGGCCGAGCUGCGGUGUGACAUGGAGCGCCAGAACCACGAGUACAGGGUCCUCCUGGACGUCAAAUCCCGCCUGGAGCAGGAGAUCGCCACGUACCGCCGGCUCCUGGAGGGCGAGGACGCCCACAUGUCUUCCCACUACGUCUCACAGCCUGUGAAAGAAGGACCUGUAACUACCCGUCAAAUCCGCACAAUCUUUGAGGAAGUCCAGGAUGGGAAAGUGAUUUCCUCCCGUGAGCAGAUCACCCAGGCUGCCCGCUGA